AAAGAUAAACAACCCACCUCUCUUCUCUUCUCUUCUCUUCUCUUUUCUUUCUUCAUUUUCUCUCUCCUCACUUCCUUUCUUCUUCAUUCUCUCUCUUACUUAGCCUGAACUGCCUUUCUGUUUUGUCUCCUUCCGUCUUCUCUUUUCCUUUCCUUUCUCUCUCCUCUUUUUUUUUUUCCCCUUACCCAGAAAUACCCAAGUACAAAUUUUACCCAGAAAAAUUAAAUAAACUGUAGAUUUCUUCAAUCUUUUUCUUCAUCAAUUUUUGUUGGCUACCCACAAUAAUUUUCCCUCUCAAUUUUACUCUUAGAUCGAAGUUGGGUUCACCAAAAUUUCACUUGGGUGAUUAUUAAUUUCACUACAAAAUAAGAAAAAAAAGCUUGUUUUUUUCUACCAAAUUUUGCAAUGCAGAAGAUCUCUAAUUCUCUCUCCUAAAUUUCUUCCUCCAGUUCUUCAUUUACAAAGAAGAAGAAAAUCUCCUGAAUUUUCAUGGUGGUAGCUUAAACUUGUACGGGGGCUACUGGAUUUUUGGUAUAGAAAUCAGGAAGAGAGAUGGUUACUUUGUCAUCUUUGGAGAAAAUUUCGGCUGUGGGUAAACUGUCUGAUUGCUUGGCAAUGUCACAGUCUUCUGUACCCAGAGAUCAGAAGGUUGACGUAGUUGGUGAAGACGGAAAUAUAGGUGUGCAUAGAACGCUGUCGAGAUCUAUGAAUCCGAAUAAAACAAUGCGCCCUGAUAUGUAUCUCGAUUCAGCAUACUGCAAUGGAGAUCGACAUAUUGUUGGUGUCGUUGGGGCUCAAAAUGAAAGCAGUCUUUUCUCCAGUUCACUCUCUGAGCUGGUUAAUCAUAAGCUUAGACUGUCAUCCAAUAAAUUUUUGUCUCGUCCGUCUUCUGCUGUUGCUCCCCAAAUAGAUGAGGUGGAACCUUUUAAAUCCCUAGAAGAAACUGAAGGACAGACGAUCAACAAUCUUCUUCCAGAUGAAGAAGAGCUGUUUUCUGGGAUUGUUGAUGAGAUGGGACAUCUGAAUAAUGCCAAUGGUGGGGAUGAUUUGGAUGACUUUGAUGUCUUUACUUAUAGUGGUGGCAUAGAAUUAGAGGCGGAAGAGCAUUUGCAGGCAGGCCGGAGAAAUGUGGGCUAUCCUUGGGGAAUUCACCAGAAUCAACAACGUUCUAUGCAUGUGAUGGAUCAUGCACCGAGGAUGCAUUCCUCCGCGAGACUGUCCACUGGUGCUUUGGUGGGUGAUGGAUCACCUCAUGAAAAUUCUCGCAUUUUCAACGGUUUUCCUUCUCCAGUUAGAAUGCCGUCUGUUGGCAAUGAAUUUGGUCACAGUGAGGCGAGUCAAUCUUUUCCCCAAGUGCAGCUUGAUAACAGAUGCAUUCCCAAUUUCCAUCCCCACUCUCCUCAAGUGCCAAUACAUAGUGUUGUUAAUGUUAACUCAUUGGACAGUGUGAAUGGCUUUGCUGAUGACUUUCGUCCUAGGGUAUCAGAAAAGGUUAACUUGGACCCUCAUCAUUUGGGCUUGAAUGGGCAUGCUAGGGAAUUCAGUGACAGCGUUUUUGGCUUUUCUCCGAAUGGACUUCAUGUACACCAGUCAAUGGCAAGCAAGUCUAACUCAUAUCAGCAACAUCAACUAAGAUCUUUGCUUAUGCCGAAUUCCCCAUCAUUUUUGAAUAACAACCAUGCAAAUCACCUUGGAAGGCUUCCCGGAUCUCCUGGGGCUCCACACCUUAUGAUGAAUAUGGUCUCACCAGUGCACCACCUUCAGGUAGGCUCAGCUCCUGUUGCACCAGUAAUGAAGGCUUCAAUGUGGGACAGACAGCAGAUUUAUGCAGGAGAGUCUCAUGAAGCUUCUGGUUAUCAAAUGGGUGCCAUUAGGAAUGUUGGUUUACCUGGAUAUUCUGCAUCACCUGCUCGAGAAAUAUCUUCUCCUAUCAGCUUUUCUCAUGUUCAUGGCACUGAGAUGUCUAAAAAUGCUGGAAUACAAUCGCCUCAACAACUAAGUCACAUGUUCCAUGAGAGAAAUACGAUGAAUUCGCUGCCAACAUCUUUUGGUUCUCCAAGUGAACGAGUUAGAAGAAGCAGAAAUGAAACCAACUUGAGUCAUGCUGACAGGAAGCAUUAUGAACUUAAUAUUGAACGUAUUUUGCGGGGUGAUGACAUACGAACAACGCUCAUGAUCAAGAAUAUCCCUAACAAGUACACUUCCAAAAUGCUUUUGGCUACAAUUGACGAGCAGCACCGUGGAAAAUAUGAUUUUAUAUAUUUGCCUAUUGAUUUCAAGAAUAAAUGCAAUAUGGGCUAUGCAUUCAUCAACAUGAUUGAUCCUCUCCAGAUUGUUUCUUUUCAUCAGACAUUUGAAGGUAGAAAGUGGGAGAAGUUCAACAGUGAAAAGGUUGCAUCUCUUGCUUAUGCUCGCAUUCAAGGGAAAGGAGCCCUUAUUGCACAUUUUCAAAAUUCAAGCUUGAUGAAUGAGGAUAAACGUUGCCGCCCCAUUUUGUUUCACACUGAUGGUCCUAAUGCUGGUGAUCAGGUUCGACAAAUGCUCACUUCUUUGUCCACAGCAGAAGUGCUUGAGACUUGUUUGUACUCCCAUCGUACUUAAAUGCAUUAUAUGCACUACCGUUUGUCAAGAACCAUUUCCAAUGGGUACCAAUUUUCGGGGAAAGCCAGGUAGGCAACCUGCAGCUGGCAGCGAAGAUGAAGAAUAAGGACUAAGAAGUGGCUUGGAGCCUGGUGUUUGUAGAACGCUGUAAAUUGUUUUUUUUCAUGUGGCUCUGCAUAUUUUUAGACUACCUCUUUGAAAGCACUGGUGAAGACCUUGCUAUUGUUAGUAGGUUAAUACUUAUGUCUAAAAAAAAAGCCAUUUUAUUUCAUCUAGGAAUUAAAAUGGCCCUUUUUCAAUUCUUUUUUUUUUCCUAGGGUGCUUUGGGGAAGAAGCACUUUUCUGAAGUUUUGGGAACCAGAAAUUUUGACCUAAUCAGUCUUGUGUAACUAGGCCAUUUUUGAGAAUGCUGUAAAUUUUUCAUUGGGGGUCAUUGGGUUACAUGUAGAGACUGGCCUAAGGAGGGACUUUGAUUACUGACAUCUUCACCAUAGGAUUCAAUUAUGAAUGUAAGCUUCAGUUAAUGUUGUAAUGAAUCUUUCUUCUUUUUAGUUAUGUCUUUUAACAUGAA